CUAAAGCAACGUGACCACCACCCUCCUGGUUCAUUGCACUGCUGUGAGGAGUUUGGCUUUCUCUUCCCUGCAGCCGCCCCACAAGCAGCGGUCACCCUCAGCCUCCUCAGAGCAGAACCACCCAGUGCUCCCGGCUGGGCCCUUUGCCCUCAUGGGAGGAGCAGCUGUGGGCUCGAUGGGGCUCUGCUGGGGGCUGUGAUGGAAGGGGGUUGUCCCGGGGCCACUCUGCUGUCCGUGCACAAACUGUCCCACUGUGCUGCUCGUGCUUCAGCUGCCACCAUUGACCUCGCCCUGUCCUGGGCUGCUGGUUGAAGAACCGUCUCCUCUGGCCUGUCCAGGUGAGUAUGGCUCUGUGGGUGAAACCAGUGCGGUUGUUUUCUGACCCAGCUGCUCUGGAGUUUGGGAAUGUCCCAGCUUUAAAGCUCCUGCUGCCUCUGGACGGGCUGUGCGCUGGUGGGAGCCCUUCCCUCCAGUAAGAGCUGCGCGGUGGGUUAGUGCUGCCCAGCAGCCCCUGGUCCUGCUCAAUCCAGCCAUACGGGGCUGCGUCUCCACACGGAUCUAAAGGGUUGUGAGGUUUGUUAAUUAAAAGCUGGGAGAUGAGGAAGUGGUGUGAAUCCUGGCUCCGGGUCAUGCACAUGGUGCUCUGUGACCAGCAGUGCUGGUGCUGUGGCCAUGCCAGUGCUGUGGUAGCGCUGAUGCCAUGGCAGUGCUGGUGCUGUUCUGGGGGGGGCAGCACAAGCUCGCCCCACGUGCUGCCUGAUCCUGCUCUCCGGCAGCUCCCAGUGUCUCCACAGCUCCCGGAGCUGCUUUCAGCAGCGGAGAUGGGGAGUCACUGGUGUCCUUUAACAGCACUGGGGCCUUCUGGGAGCUCUAGCGGUGAAAGCAGCCUUUUGCAAAGCCUUUUUUUCCAUUUAUUCAUUGUUUUGAGCCAAGGCUGGCUGCCCCCAAAGUGCAGGUGACCAGAGACACUCUGGUGAUGGGAAAUGUCAGCAAACCUAGAGUCCUGUAGCUGGUAGCUAAUUACCUUGUUAAUUGUUUAAUUGCCGUAGUGUCACAGGGGAGGUGUGACAACAGCAGCCCAUAGCCCCAUGGCAGGGCCUCCUCUCCAGAACCCCGUGUUCAUCCUGGCAAAGCAAGACAUGGUACAAGGGGAGGAUCAGGGUGACCAGCGUGGGUUUCGUGGGCGCUGCCCUGGCCGACAUCUCAUGCAGCUGAGUGAACAGAGCCCUGCAUGGAGAAAAUGUAAUUUUCCUGUUAACCGGCAUAGACUCCCUGUUCUGUGUACCCCAGGGGCGGGGAGCAGCAAGGGGUGAACCCCAUCAGCGACGAGGGGCUGGAGCCCCUGGCAGCGCCUGGCUCAGGCAUGUCCCCAGCUUGUCCAUUGCUGCACUGGGGCCCCCACCGUCACCCCGUGUGUGUGGGGUGCCGCUGCCGCUCUCCUGCCCGGCAGCGCAGGGGUCCGGUCGGAGCAGCCGCCCCCGGGCUGCGUUGCCGGGCCAACGGCGCUGCCGGCAGCCGGUGCCGCCCCCGCGGCGUGGCGGGCAGCGCGCGCCUCACGCCGCUCAUGGGGCUCGCGCCGCCGCCGGCAGCGCCCGCGCGCACCGGGACCGCAGCCCGAACCACCGGACCGGCCCGACCGGGAGCCGGCGCCGAGCGCAGCCCCGGGCAGCAUGGCCCAGCGGGGGCCGCGGUCUCCAGCACCCGCUGCCCCCGAGCUGGAGUGCAAGAUCUGCUACAGCCGCUACGAUGCCCGUGCCCGCAGACCCAAGCGGCUCCCCUGCGGCCACCGCCUCUGUGCCAAGUGCCUGUGCAAGAUGGUGGCACUGGGGGAUGCAUCACCCCACCAGCUCCGUUGCCCCUUCUGCCGCCAGCACAGCCCGGUGCCUGGUGGGGACGUGCAGCGGCUGCAGGAUGAUGGUGAGGCGCUGGCGCUGCUGACAGGCCAUGAGCGGACCAAGAAGCGGGGUCCCCCUCAGUCCCCUGAGGUUCUUCUCUGCCCCAGCGUGCUGGAGCCGGUACCCAGCCCCGACUGCCUGGUGGUCACCAUCCUGGAGGUGCCGGAGGACAUAGCCCCACCGGAGGGCCUGGGUGGGCUGGAGGUGGUGCGGCUGUACCGCCCCGCCAGCCUGGGCACGCUGCCCUGCCACAGUCCUGGGCUGAAGUGCCGCUCCUGGGGGUGGCGAGCUGUCCCCCGCUUCAUCCUGGGUGUCCUCUGCCUUCUCUACUUCAGCUCCCUGCCCUUCGGCAUCUACCUCCUGCUCAUCGAGCACCACGGCCUGGGCAUCGUCCUGGUCAGCCUUGUGCCCUCCACCCUCCUCCUCUGCAUUGUCUACAGCCUCUGCCAGUGUCUGUGCCGGGAGGUCUUUGGGUUCCCCCACUCCUGACCCUGACGGUGGAGCCCUGUGCGUGACCAGGGAGGCUUUGGGCAGCUUGGAUUGUUGUCGCUUGAGGUACAAGUGUUCCUUGCCCAUGGCUGACCCACAGCGUGACAGUGCGCCUGGACCACAGGGAGAUUCUCAGUGCCUGUUGCCUUCCCUUGCAGAACAGUGUGGGCUUUGCCAAGCGGGAGCCCACGCUGGAGCGGCUGCAGGGGCUCAGUGCAGCCUCCAGGUGUUCAGCCAGACCCUCAGCUCCUUGUCCUGCCCCACAGCAGACAAAGAGCAGGAGCUGGGCUGAGAGCAAAGCAGCAGCUGGGGGACAAACCUCAGCUAAGGAUGCGAGCGCUCGGCGCCGCGGCUGGAGGGGCCUCGGCAGCUGCCGCAGCUGGCACCGGCGGGAGAAGGACGGGCAGAGCCCGGGGGCUCCCACAGCUGGACUCUGUGUCCGUAGUGUAAAUAGUUGUGUCCGCAGCACCCACGCUCCUGGCAGGGCCGCUCCCGUCGCAUUCGUGCUUCUUUCCCACAUGUGUGAGUCCCGUGUUCGCCGACGCUGUGUACCGUAGAGGGGAGGAGCGGAGCAGAGGAGUUUCUUUGUGUGUAAAGAUGUCUUUGCAACUGUUUUGUAGUCAUUGUGGUUUUUAUGUGGAGCCUCUGGCCUUUAUUUAAUUUUGUUGGGUUUUGUUUUGUAAGGAUUAAUUUAACACCGCUAACCAUUUUAUUACUUUUAUCAAGAAGAGCGAAGUCUAA